AUGGGCUGGUUCUUUCUGAGAUCCCAAUCCACCAUGCUUGCACUUGCAGUCUUCCUGCUCCUGCUCGCACAAACCACAGUAGGAUGGUCCAAACCUGAUUCAUGGAGGACGCGUGAUCGAGGAGGAUGCAUCGCGAGGGAGAGGGAGGCCCUGCUGUCCAUCAAAGCCGGCAUCACAGCGGACCCGGAGCGCCUCCUCUCGUCGUGGCGAGGGAAAGACUGCUGUCACUGGGAGGGCGUCAGCUGCAGCAACAUGACCGGCCAUGUCAUUGAGCUUGACCUUCAUGCACGGUACAUCCGGUCUUCCCUGGAAGGUGAGAUCAGUUCUUCUCUGAAAACCCUGCAGCAUCUGCAACACCUCGACCUUGGUGGAAACUACCAUCUCACCGGGCCUCAAGGCGGCCUUCCAGACUUCGUAGGGUCUCUUAGUGACCUGCGGUACCUCAACCUUUCGGGCCUGAAUUUUUCUGGCAUGGUGCCCCAUCAGCUUGGCAACCUCUCGAGGUUGCGAUACCUUGAUCUGAGAUCUUAUGGUCUGCACUCAGAAGAUCUCACGUGGCUGUCACAGCUCUCUUUGCUCAAGCAUCUUGACAUGAGUUUUGCGAACCUCAGCGCCGUGAUAGGCUGGGCUGACACAGUGAACAUGCUGUCCUCUCUUGAGGUCCUCAGGCUAUCAACAUGUUCGCUUAUUACCACAAACCACUAUAUGCCUCGCUCGAAUCUCACCAGGCUCAAGAUCCUCGACCUCUUUCGGAACUCCAUUGAAAUGCAGUUUGACGCUAUUAGCUGGGUUUGGGAUGCAAGCAGCCUGAAAUAUCUCAACCUUGAGUCCAAUCAUAUAUAUGGCGUGUUUCCUGCACAACUGGGAAACUUGACCUCACUUGAAGUCCUUCAGCUGAGGGAGAACCAUAUAAAGGGAAUGAUACCAGACACACUGACCAGCCUUUGCAGCCUGAGAAUAUUUGAAUUGGCAUAUAAUGAUGUUCAAGGGGACGUGACGGAGUUCAUCGAGAGGUUACCAAAAUGUUCAUGGAGUCAGUUGCAGGAGCUGCAUCUGGGCCACAAUAACAUAACUGGCUCGUUGUCAGACUGGAUCGGCCACAUGACUAGCUUGAGCUCUCUUGAUCUCAGUUUCAACAGGCUUACAGGACCUCUGACCACUGUGAUAGGCACGCUUUCUAACCUGAUUUAUCUGAACAUAGGGUACAAUCAGAUGGAUGGUCUCAUCACUCAAGAGCACUUCUCCAAGCUUACAGAGUUGCAGGAGCUGCACUUAUCUGGAAAUUCCUUUACCAUGAAGCUGAACUCUGACUGGAUCCCUCCAAGGAGAUUGCUCACACUGGGAUUAAGAUCAUGCUAUCUUGGGCCGAGAUUUCCUCAGUGGCUCAAAUCACCAAAGAAUAUCUCCUCCCUUUAUAUGUCCAAUGCCAGCAUAGCUGAUACCAUGCCUGAUUGGUUUUGGACUGUGUUUAGAAAGGCUGACGUUUUGGACCUCUCAAACAAUAACAUCAGUGGCACAUUACGAGCUACUCUUGGACAGAUGGACACCAGUUUCUUAGAUCUAAGCUCGAAUCAGUUCAUUGGUCCGGUAGAACAGCUGCCUCAGAAUAUAAUGGGACUAGAUCUCUCAAGAAACUCCCUGUCAGGGGCUCUGCCAUUAAAUGUCAGAUGGCCAUUAUUCAUAGACAGUUUGCUUCUAUUUGACAACCAUUUCACGGGCACUAUCCCAGCAUCGUUAUGCCAAAUGAAGUCACUGACAUUGCUUGACAUUAGAAACAAUAUGAUAACAGGUCAGUUCCCUCGAUGUUCAGAAAAUGUGGCGUCAAGUUCAGGAAUGGUGCCACCUAACACAGCCUCUCCAGAUAGUGAUUCAAGCUCUGAGAUAUCACUGUCUAUGUCAAUUAAAACUCUGAGGCUCAACAACAAUAGCCUCUCGGGUGAAUUCCCUCUGUUAUUACAGAAUUGCCCAGAACUAACUUUUAUCGAUCUUGGGCAAAAUAAGUUUUUUGGAAGUAUACCACCUUGGAUUGGUGAGAAAUUACCACGGCUGAAAUAUCUGCGCCUCAGGUCCAACAUGUUUUCUGGCUGUAUACCUACCCAACUUAGAGGACUUCGAUAUCUCCAAUAUUUGGACCUAGCACACAACAACUUAUCAGGUACUAUACCUCGAUCCCUGCUAAACAUGGAUGGCGUGACCACAGAAUUAGCAGCUCGGGAUUACCCAUCCAGCACUUCCAGCGACAUGGCUACAGUAGAUGAUGGCAUUACUGUAGUAGAUGACCCCCAACAUCCUGGUGGUGGGUAUGAGUAUGCUAUGAUUGCUAGCAUAUUUGUAGUCACAAAAGGGCAAGGGCGCGAAUAUAUUGGUCGAUUCAUAGACAUGGUGAGUCUUGAUUUAUCCUGCAAUCAUUUAACUGGAAAUAUCCCCGAAAGCAUAGGUCCUGCAGCAGGUUUAGUGAAUAUGAAUCUGUCUUUGAACCACUUGACCGGAAAAAUCCCAGAGAACAUUAGCUCCAUGCACUCACUGGAAUCACUUGACCUCUCCAGCAACCAGCUCUCUGGCGAAAUCCCUCCGGGCCUAUCCGAUCUAACAUCACUAAGCUAUCUGAACUUGUCCUACAACAAAUUAUCAGGAAGGAUACCGUCGGGGCACCAGCUCGACACACUCAACCCUUCCGACCCCGCAUCCAUGUACAUUGGCAACCCUGGCCUCUGCGGGCCUCCUCUUAAGAAGAGCUGUCCGGGAGACCACACAGCAGAAAGCCACUUCACAGCGAGCAAAGAAGGAUCCGAGGCGAUGCCCUUCUGUUUCGGGCUAAGCGUGGGCUUCGUGGUUGGCCUCUGGGUGGUGUUCUGCUCCCUUCUCUUCAAGAAAACAUGGAGGGCCUCCUAUUUCCGGCUCUUUGAUGCGGUUUUUGAUAAAAUUUAUGUGCUUGUGGUUGUGAAUUGGGCGAGGAUGACGAGGAAGCAAACCACCACAGAUUGA